GUUUAUAUUCUUCUUUUUCUGAGAACGUAAGCUUGCACCUUUUCCAGCGAUGAGAGAGGGGUUGAGCCACUCAGAAUUUCUGUAUACACAUUUUCGGCCAUGGAAUUAUAAAAACACCGGCUUCCUAUUUUCAGUAAACACCAUUAAGACAAGCGGAGUUUGUGCAUUUCUCACUGGCCAUUCUAUAGUUAGGCAUGGCCCCUUCUACCGACAACUCGUGGGGAACAAUUCUGCUCUUGAUCGUAUCACCUUUCGUACUUACAUGGCUAUACACGUCAAUCCGAUUCAACAUUGAGGCCAAGAGCGGCUCCAAAGCCCCAACUCUGCCUUAUGUCAUUCCCUUCCUGGGACACUCAAUCCCGUUCUUUAUCAAUUCAGAUAAGUUUCUACGUCGAGUCAGGGAGCAAUAUGGCUCUUUACCCUUACAACUUAUCGUUGGCCCGAAUCGGUGGACCUACAUUCCACAUGGGCAGACGGUUCACGAGGUUUUCAAAUCCCCCAAGUCGGCAGCAAACAAGGCGAUGCAACUCAGAGUCUUGAGUAAUCUCUUUGAUGUGCCAGAUGAGGAUAUGGCCAUUCUUGAAGCCGAUAACACAGGGUUUCAGAUUAUUCCCGCUCCUGGGACCGAGAAUUUCCCUCAUGAAAAGCGGUGGUUCCACCAUAAUCACAGCAACUCGCAGAGCCUUCUACAAGGGAAGCCGCUGUUCACAAUGACGCAGACAUUCCUGGACAAAUACACAGCCCGGCUUCAAAAAAAACACGAAAUUCAGCAUGACCAAUGGACGGAGGUACCGGACCUUUUCGGUUUCGUGCAGACAGACAUGCUACGAGCAGCCAUGGAAGCCAUGUGCGGUGACCACGUUUAUGAAUUAGCCCCCAAUUUCGACUCCAAUUAUUGGGCAUUCGAUGCAGCUAUGCCGACUCUCUUGAAGCAGGUACCGCGAUGGCUUGCACCAAAGGCAUGGGCAGCAAGAGACAAGAUACUCAAAGAUGUCAGGGCAUGGCUUGAGUACGCGGAUAAGCACUUUGACUGGGAUAACCAGGAGCUCACAGGCACCGAAUGGGAACCCGUAUAUGGCUCCAGGUUGAUGCGAGCUCGACAAGAAGCUUUUCGUUUGACUGGACAGACCAAGAACGCCGAUCCCAACCAGCAACUUGGACUAAUAUGGGCAACAAACUCGAAUGUCAUCCCAGCCACUUUCUAUUCACUUUUAGGUCUUUUACUAUCGGAGAAUUUGGAAGCGCGGAUAACUGCUGAGGUUGAUUCUGCAUUCAUUGGGACAGGCCUGAAUGUUGACCUCCCCAAACUUUGUUCAGGGAAACUGCUUACGUCUGUUUAUCUGGAGUCCUUACGAUAUAGCUUCGGGAUUAUGCUCAUUCGUGUGCCUACCCUGGAUAACUUCUGGCUUGGAGGAUAUGCCUACGGCAAGAAGGACACGCUCGUGUACUCGACCUGGGCAGCGCAUCACGAUGCCAAGUUUUGGAACACGGGUCGGAUCUCGGCAGACGGCCACGCAGAGCAUUCCGUCGACAGUUGGUGGGGAGAGCGCUUCCUUGAGUAUCCUGACGACCCAGCCAGCGGGCCGAUUCGGAAACCUGAUCCCGAGGUUUACCGCCAGGCCAAGAUGACGACAAGAGAUGCUAAAGACGAUCAGCACGCCACUGUCGUGACUGCUGGCCUGGCUGGUCAUUUCUACCCUUACGGAGGCGGUAGCACUAUUUGCCCCGGCCGUCACUUUGCCAAGCAGGAACUAAUGGCAGCCGUCGCUCUUCUGCUACGGACCUUUGAGUUCCAGCUUGUCGACCCAGCAGCUGCGGCAAAGUUGCAACCUGAUGUGGGCUCUGCGUUCGGUACAAUGAUGCCGGAUAGGGCUGUAUCAGCACGAAUCCGCAGGAGAAGAUUGUAGGACCCUACAUUGUUUCACGUUGUUAUGGAUUCAUGUUCCAUUGCUGUGGACAGUAAGAAAUCUUACGAGAGGUCAGCAAGAGCUUUCAUGUGGAAACCAGCUACUGUGGCUAUCAAACGAUAAAAUGGGUGACUGCUAUGGCUGUCAUUAACGGUAGAUUUACAGAUUAUGAUACUUGGCCAGAUAUUUCCAGUCGGCAUUUGGCUCGUAAGCUUGUCAUCCUAUGUGCCAAGAAUGGAACAACUACAAUGACAGCAUAAUGUUUUGAAAGAUACUGAGUUAGUACACAUGAACCGAAACUGAGAGGUCGCAUUUCAACCUUCCUGUUCCAUUGGACAAGGGUCCGGGUGCGUGAACUACAGCGGACCAGAAUGUCCGACCCAAUGAGAUUAGUGUAUGUAUAGUGAUAAGCGUGUGGGGUUUUAG